AUGGCUGGUCAGCCCCACAACCCCCAGCAGUUCCUUGGGGCUACAGGGCACGUGAAGCAGGAGGCCAGCGGUAAAGCCCUUGAACGGCUCUCCCAUUCCAAUCCCGCCAUGGACUCUGCAUACGAGAUGGGCCACAUCCGCAAGCUGCAGGCACAGCAUACGCAGAUGCAGGAGAAGACUUUCACCAAGUGGAUCAACAAUAUCUUCCAGCACGGCCGGGUGGACAUCAAGAUCCAGAACCUGUACACGGAGCUGGCCGACGGCACCCACCUGCUGCGACUGCUGGAGCUCAUCUCAGGGGAGGCCUUGCCACCCCCCAACCGGGGCCGCAUGCGUGCACACUUCCUGGAGAACAGCAGCCGAGCUCUGGCCUUCCUCAGGACCAAGGUGCCAAUACCCCUCAUUGGGCCAGAGAACAUCGUGGAUGGAGACCAGACGCUCAUCCUGGGACUCAUCUGGGUCAUCAUUCUGCGUUUCCAGAUUUCCCACAUCUCCCUGGACAGGGAGGAGUUUGGAGCCAGCGCAGCCCUGCUGUCUGCCAAGGAGGCACUGCUGGUCUGGUGCCAGCGGAAGACGGCCGGCUAUGCCAACGUCAGCAUCACCGACUUCUCCUGCAGCUGGAGGGACGGGCUCGGCUUCAGUGCCCUCAUCCACGCCCACAGGCCAGACCUGCUUGACUACAGCUCGCUGAAUCCCGACCGCCCACUGCACAACCUCCACUGUGCUUUCCACGUGGCGGAGCAGGAGCUGGGCAUCGCUCCGCUGCUGGACCCCGAGGACGUGGCGGCCCUACAGCCCGAUGAUCGUUCCAUCAUGACUUAUGUCUCCCUCUACUACCACCACUUCUCCCGCCUGCACCAGGAGCAGACUGUCCAGAGGAGGCUCGCAAAGAUCCUGCUUCAGCUCCUGGAGACAGAGGCACUGCAGACCCAGUACGAGCAGCUGGUGGCCGACCUGCUGGGCUGGAUUGCAGAGAAGCGGGUGCAGCUGGAGGCACGGGAUCUCCCAGACUCCCUGCCGGCCAUGCGCCAGCUCCUGGUGGCGUUUGCCUCCUUCCGCACCCAGGAGAAGCCACCGAGGCUGCAGCAGCGAGGGCUCACGGAGGCCCUGCUCUUUCGGCUGCAGACGGCACUCCGAGCCCAGAACCGCAGGCCCUUCCUGCCACGCGAGGGCCUGGGCCCUGCGGAGCUGUCCCAGCACUGGGCAGGCCUGGAGCGGGCAGAGGCCUCACGGAGCCGGGCCCUGCAGCAGAGGCUCCUGCAGCUAGAGCGGUUGGAAACCCUGGCCCGGCGCUUCCAGCAUAAGGCGGCCCUCCGGGAGAGCUUUCUGACAGACACAGAGCAGGUGCUGGACCGGGCCGCAGCCCCACCAGCCAGCCUGGCCAUGGUGGAAGCGGUCGUCCAGAGGCUGGGCAUGCUGGAGGCCGGCAUCCUGCCCCAGGAGGGGCGCUUCCAGGUCCUGGCUGAGAUGGCAGACAUCCUCCAGCAGGAGCACUACCACGGCUGGGCAGAGGUGGCCUGCAGGCAAUUGGAGAUCACUCGGCGCUGGGAGCAGCUCCUUCAGCGGCUCCAGGGGCAGAGGAAGCAGAUGGCAGGCAUGCAGGCUAUGCUGAGCCUGCUGCAGGAGGUAGAGGCUGCCUCCAACCAGCUCAACGAGCUGCAGGUGCUGGCCAGCUCCACAGCCUGUGGGCAGCAGCUGGCAGAGGUGGUGGAGCUGCUGCAGAGGCAUGACCUGCUAGAGGCCCAGAUCUCGGCCCACGGAGCCCACGUGAGCCAUUUUGCCCACCAGACAACGGAGCUGGAUUCUUCCGGGGGCACUAGUGUGGAGGUGCUGCAGGCCAAGGCCAGGGCACUGGUCCAGCUCCACCAGAGCCUGGUGUCUCUUGCCAGGUCCCGGCGGGCCUUGCUGGAGCAGACCCUACAGCGGGCAGAGCUCCUGCACAACUGUGAGGAGGAGGAAGCCUGGCUGAGGGAGCGCGGACAGUUGGUGGAGGAUGCGGCCCUAGCCCCGGAUCUCAGCCAGAUCGCAGCAGCCCAGCAGAAACACAAGGCCCUGGAAGCCGAGCUCCAGCGCCACCAAGCCGUGUGCGCUGAUCUCGUGCGGAGGGGAUGCGACCUGGGCGCACGCGGGCCCCCAACGUGGCCGGAUCCCCGGGAGCGGGCAGAAGCGGUGCAAGGCGCCUGCCAGAGGCUCCAGGCCCAGGCAGCAGCGCGGGGCGCGCGGCUGCAGGCGGCCCUGCUCGUGCAGCAGUACUUCGCCGACGUGGCGGAGGCGGCCUCGUGGCUCCGGGAGCGGCGGUCGGCACUGGAGAGCGCAUCGUUUGGGCAGGACCAGGCGGCCGCCGAGGCCCUGCUGCAGCGCCAUCUACGGCUGGAGCGCGCCGUGCGCGCCUUCGGGGCCGAGCUGCGGCGAUUGGACGAAGAGGCGCGGGCGGCAGCAGCCCGGGCGUCGCUCCUGGCGGUGUCUGCCCUGAGCUCUCCAAAGAAAGGUCCAAGAAACCCAAGGGCCUGGCGUGAGAUUUCCUACUACUCUGGCCCCUGGGGCACCCAGAAGAUGGCCCUCCCAGAUGAGCCUGACCAGGACUUUGACCCCAACACCAUCCUCCAGACACAGGACUGCUUGAACCAGGAUUAUGAGGGCCUGCGGGCCCUGGCAGAGCACCGCAGGGCCCGGCUGGAGGAGGCGGUGGCCCUGUUUGGCUUCCAUGGCUGCUGUGGGGAGCUGCAGUCCUGGCUGGCAAACCAGACAGCGCUGUUGCAGACGCUGCAGCCCCAGGCCGACAACUUGGAGGUCAUGCAGCUCAAGUAUGAGAAAUUCCUCACUGCCCUGGCUGUGGGAAGGGGCCUCUGGGCUGAGGUUAGCAGCUCUGCUGAGCAACUGAAGCAGAGAUGUCCUGGAGAUUCCCCCAAAAUCCAGCGACAGCAGGAGGAACUUAGCCAGAGGUGGGAGCAGCUGGAGGCCCUGAAGAAAGAGAAGGAAACGCAGCUGGUAUGCACCACGCACAUGUGUAGUUUUCUUCAGGAGUGUGAAUCCACAAAGGUCCAGCUGCAAGACAUGAUACUCCAGCUAGAAACCCUGGAGCCGGGACACUUAGAGAGCAGCCACCGCAUCCUGCAAGUGAGCCAGCAGAAGAUGCUAGCGCUGGAGAGAGGCAUUCGCUACCUGCAAAGCACGGCUAGCAAGGUCGGGGAGCUGGGCCCCACAGAGAGCCAGUCCUUGCAGGGACACGUGAAGAUGCUGCAGGGGCUGCUGGAGCGCGCACAGGAGCAAGCAGCCCAGUGGGCGCGGGUCCAGGCCGAGGCGCAGGCCUGCCGGAGCUUCCUGCAGGAGAGCCGGCAGCUGCUGCUGUGGGCGGAUCGUGUCCAGGUUCAGCUGCACAGCGAGGAGGAGGCAGUGGACGUGGCCUCAGCCCAGUGGCUGCUGGGGCAGCACCAAGACCUGCUGGAGGAGAUCCACCUGCAGCAGGAGAGGCUGCAGCAGCUGGAGGCAAAGGGCCAGCCCCUGGCAGCCGUGGACUCCCCAGCCUCCCGAGAGGUGGCCAGUGCCCUGAGGCUCCUGGUCCAGCAAAGCAGGGAAUUGAAGCCCACCUGGGAGCAAAGACAACGGCAGCUGCAGGGGGGGCUGGAGUUGCAGAGGUUCAGUCGAGAAGUGGAUGGCUUCACCGCUACCUGUGCCAAGCAUGAGGCCUUCCUCCACCCGGACAGCCUCGUGGAGGACGUGGGGGAGGCCCAGAGCCUGCUGCAGCAGCAUCAGCAGCUUGGGCAGCUCCUGGAUGCCCUGGGCCCUCGAGCAGAGGAUCUUCAGGCACGUGGCGAGAAGCUGGCUCAGAGCCAACUCCUCGCUGCACACAGGGUCAGAGAGCAGCUGCAGAGCGCCCAGGCGCUGUGGACCAGGGUCCAGGAGAGGAGCGAGCAGAGGAGGAGGCAGCUGCUGGCUUCCCUCCAGCUCCAGGAAUGGAAGCAGGAUGUGGCGGAGGUGAUGCUGUGGAUGGAGGAGAAGGAGCUGAUGGUGGCGGACGAGCCGUCCCGAGCACCUGGCAACAUCCUGCGGAAGCUCAGGUGGCACGAAGCAGCCCAGCGUGAGCUGGUGGCCACCCAGGGGCACGUGGAGGGCCUGCAGCAGGCGGGGAGAGAGCUGUUGGGCAGCAGACCCCGUGCCCAGGAGGACGUGCAGGCCAGGCUGCAGGGCUUGAGUCGCAAGUGGGAAGAGCUGAACCGCAAGACGGCAGAGCGUGGGAAGCGGCUCCGGCGGGCUCGGCAGCAGGACCGGCUCCUGGGGCUGCUACAGGAAGCCAAGGAGAAGAUGGAGCAGCUAGAGGGGGCCCUGCAGAGUGCAGAAAUGGGGCAGAACCUGGGCUCAAGCCGGGGGCUUCAGAAACAGCACUGCCAGCUGGAGGCCGAGAGCCAGGCACUGGCCAGCGAGGUGGCUGCCCUUGUCCCCCAGGCCCACCAGGUGUUCGAUUCCCAGACCAUCGUGGAGGAGACCCAGAAGUACCUCCAGAGGUUGGAGUCCCUGCAGGGACGUCUGGCCGCCUGGCGAGUGCAGCUGCAGGCCUCGGUUGAGCUGUACCAGUUCCACCAGCUGAGUGACAUGGAGCUCACUUGGGUGGCAGAGCACAUGCCUGCGCCCAGCACUGGCUCCGAUAAGUACUCGGAUGGUACCCACAGCCUUCUCUACAGGCACAAGGAGCUCCAGGCGGAGGUGAAAGCCCACCAAAGACAGGUGCAGCGGGUGCUGGGUUGCGGGCGCAGCCUCGCAGCUGCAGGGCACCCCCAGGCCCAGCACAUCAUGGAGCAGUGCCAGAAGCUGGAAGGCCGCUGGGCGGAGCUGGAGCAGGCGUGCGAGGCCCAGGCCCAGUGCCUGCAGCAGGCUGCCGCUCUCCAGCAGUAUUUCCUGGAUGCAUCAGAGCUGGAGGACUGGGUGGAGGAGAAGUGGCCGCUGGUGAGUAGCCAGGACUACGGCGGGGACGAGGCAGCCACCGUCAGGUUCAUCAAGAAGCACCAGGCCCUGCAGCAGGAACUGGCUUGCUACUGGGGCUCCGUGGAGGAGCUUGACCAGAGAGCCGGAACCCUCAGUGGCCCCGAGGCCCCUGCGCAGCUGGGCGUGGUACAGGAGAGGCUCCGGGAGCGGCUGCGGGCACUGCAGGAGCUGGCAGCCACACGGGACCAGGAGCUGGAGGGGACCCUGAAGCUGCACAAGUUCAUGAGGGAGGCCGAGGACCUGCAGGGCUGGCUGGCCAGCCAGAAGCAGGAGGCCAGAGGAGGAGAGAGCCCUGGGGAGGACUACGAAGACGUCCUGCAUCUCUGCACCAAGUUUGCAAAGUUUCAGCACCAAGUAGAGAUGGGCGGCCAGCGGGUGGCAACCUGCCAGCAGCUGGCAGAGAGCCUGCUGGAACGUGGGCCCAGCGCUGCCUCCAAGGCCCAUCAGAUGCAGCAGGACGUGCAAGCUGCCUGGGUGGAGCUGUGGGAGCUGACCCAGGCCCGAGGCCGCCUGCUCCGAGAUGCCCAGAUCACCCUCAACGUUCACAGAGACCUGCUGGAAGCCCUCACCCAGGUCCAGGAGAAAGCCACAAGCCUCCCCCGUGACGUGGCCCAGGACCUGCGUGGGCUGGGGGCCCAGCUGAGGAGGCAUGAGGGGCUGGAGCGUGACCUCGUGGGCACUGAGCGGCAGCUGCAGGAGCUGCUGGAGGCUGGAGGAGCGGUGCGGAAGCUGGGGCCCGCGCCUCAGGCCCACGCGGUGCAGCAGAGGCAGCGGGCCCUGGUGCAGGCCUGGGAGGCCCUGAAGCUGCGCGUGGAGCAGCGCCGGGCCCAGCUGGAGCGGGCAUGGCUCCUGGCCCGCUUCCACGCAGCGGUGCAGGACUACACCUCCUGGGCGGCCGGUGUGUGGCAGGAGCUGCAGGUGGAGGAGAGCUCCCAGGAGCCCGGCAGCGGCCCACUGCAGCUCAGCGCCCACCAGCAGCUUCAGGCCGCGCUGGAGGCCCAGGAGGAGCUGCACCAGCAGGCUGCCAAGCUGGGCCAGCAGGCGCUUCUGGCCGCAGGGACAUCCACCAAGGAGGUCCAGGAAGGGCUGCAAGUCCUGCGGGACAAGCGGGCGCAGGUGUUCCAGGCCUGGGAGCAGAAGCAGGAGAGGCUGCAGGCCUUUUGUCGGGAGCAGCUCUGCCUCAGGAAGUGUGGCCACCUGGCCGAGACCCUCACGGCCCAGGAGGUCUUCCUGAAAACCAGUGCCCUGGGGAGCUCGGUGGAAGAGGUGGAGCAGUUGAUCCGCAAGCAUGAGACCUUCCAGAAGGUGCUGACUGCCCAGGACAAGAAGGCGGUAGCCCUGUGUGAGCAGGUGAAGAUGCUGGGGGGCCCCAGGGCGCGGGACCUGCUCUGCACGGUGCUGGAGCUCCGGGCCCGGGUGGAGGAGCUGGCGGAGAGCCGGGGACACGCCCUGCACACCUCCCUGCGGACGGCUGCCUUCAUCAGGGCUGCCAGCCAGGCUGAGGACUGGAUCCGGGAGCAACUCCAGCAGCUGAACGAACCAAUCCCUCCUGGGGGCCUGAAAGAUAAGUUGAGGCACCUGCAGAAACACCAGGCCUUCAAGGCGGAGGUCCAGGCCCACGUGGAGAUCAUAACUUCUGUUGCCAAGGAGGGCAAGGCUCUCCUAGCACAGAGCCACCCGCUGGUGGGAGAGGUCUCCCAGAGGCUGUGGGCGCUGCAGGAGCACUGGGAGAAGCUGAGGCAGGCAGUGGCUCUCCGGGGACAGGACCUGGAGGACAAGCAGAACUUCCUAGAGUUCCUGCAGAGAGUGGACGUUGCAGAGGCCUGGAUCCAGGAGAUGGAGGGGAUGGUGAACGUCGGCGACCUGGGCCAGGACCUUGAGCACUGCCUGCAGCUCCAAAGGCGGCUCCUCAAACUCCGAGGAGUCUGGGCUGGGGACACGGUGGAUGAUGCCCACAUCAGGAGCGUCAAUGACUUGUCACUGCAGCUCAAGAGCCAGGACCCUGAGCAGCUCAAGACCAUCUGCCAGCGGCGACAGCAGCUCAACAGCAGGUGGGACAGUUUCCACGGCAAACUGCUCCGGUACAGGCAGCAGCUUGAAGGGGCCCUGGAGAUACACACGUUGACCCAAAAGCUGGAUGACAUCACUCAGCGGAUCGGGGAGAAGGCUGCCCUGGUCCAGGCCCUGGACCAUGGGAAAGAUCUGGAGAGCGUGCAGAGGCUGAGGCGGAAACACGAGGAGUUGGAGCAGGAAAUAGGCCUCAUCCAGGCGCAGGUGGAGCCUCUAGAGCGUGAUGUGGGCUGCCUCUGCCAGAGAAGCCCUGAGGCAGCCCACAGCCUCGGCCACAAGCAGCGGGCAAUGACGGACAGCUGGCGGCAGCUCCAGGGCAGGGCCCAGAAGCGGAAGGAGUCACUGGAUGCCUUGCACCAAGCUCAGAAGCUGCAGGCAAUGCUUCAGGAAUUGCUGAUCUGGGCCCGGAGGCUGCGAGCUGAGAUGGACGCCCAGAGCACCCCCAGCAGUCUUGCAGAGGUCCAGCACAUGUUGGAGGAACACCAGGAGCGCAAGGCCGAGCUGGACUCCCGAACAGACAGUGUCAGCCUGGUCCGUAGCACUGGGCAGCGACUGCUUGCCACGAGGCACACAUACACCCUUGACGUCCGCCAGGCCCUGGCUGGUUUAGAUCAGGAGCUCAGUAGCCUGGAAGGGGCCUGGCAGGAGCGUCAGCUCCAGCUGCAUCAGGCCUUGGAGCUACAGCUGGUUCUGAGCUCUUUGGAGCAGAUGGAAAGUUGGCUCUGCAGUCUGGAAGCCUGCCCAGCCAGUGAGGGUCUGGGGGACGCCUUGGCCAGCGUGGAAACCCUGCUGUGCAAGCACAAGGUGCGUGAGCGGGACCUGGAGGCUCAGGCGGAGAAGCUCAGUGCACUGGAAGCCGCCGCCCACAGCCUGCACCGGGGCGGACACCCCCAGGCCCAGGCUGCCUUGGGCCGGUGCCAGGCCAUGCUCCUGAGGAAAGAGGCUCUCCUGGAGCAAGCCAGGACCCGCCGCCGCCAGCUGGAGGAGCUCAGGCAGCUGCAGGCGUUCCUGCAGGAUUCCUGCGAGGUGGCCGCAUGGCUGAGAGAGAAGAACCUGGUGGCCCUGGAAGAGGGCGGGCGGGACCCAGCUGGGCUGCAGGCACAGUUGCGGUGGCAGCAGAACCUCCAGGCCGAGCUGGACACGAGUGUACACCACCAACAAAGGCUGCGGACGGAGGGCCAGAGGCUGCUGCGGGACGGCCACCCGGCCUCAGAGACCAUCCAGGAGCGGCUGCAGGAGCUGAGAAAGCUCUGGGAGGAGCUGCAGGCCAACUGCCAGAGGAAGGCAGCCAAGCUACAGGAGGCCCGUGAGGCCCUGCGUCUCCGGCGGAGCGUGGAGGAGCUGGAGGGCUGGCUGGAGCCUGUGGAGCUCAAGCUGAGAGUCCCCAUCGGGGGCCCGGACCAGCCUGGGCUGGACGAGCUCCUGGGGGCUCAGGGAGACCUGGAGGCAGCGUUGGACAGGCAGGCUGGGCGGGCACAGGCCCUGCUGGGCAAGGCCCAGGCCUUUGUCCGGGAAGGCCACGGCCUGGCCCAAGACGUGGAAGAGCAGGCCCAGCGGCUGCUUCAGAGGUUCGAGAGCCUGCGGGCGCCCCUGUGCAAGCGCAGAGCAGCCCUGGAGGCCCGGAGCCUCCUCCUGCAGUUCUUCAGGGAGGCCGACGAGGAGAUGGCCUGGGUGCGGGAGAAGCUGCCCCUGGCGGCCGCUCGGGACUGCGGCCAGAGCCCGAGCGCGCUGUGGCGCCUGCAGGAGAAGCACCAGAACCUGGAGCGCGAGAUCCGCAGCCAUGAGGCUCUCACCCGGGCGGUGGCAGGCACAGGGCGCAAGCUGGUGCAGGCUGGGCACUUCGCUGCCCGCGACGUGGCUGCCCAGGUGCAGCAGCUGGAGGAGGCCGUGGGCCGCCUGCGGGCAGAGGCUGCGCAGAGGCGACGGCGGCUGCAGCAGGCUCAGGAGGCCCAGCAGUUCCUGACGGAGCUCCUGGAGGCAGAAUCCUGGCUGCAAGAGCAGGGCUGUGUCCUGGACGUUGAGGAUAUGGGCCAGAGUGCCGAGGCCAUGCAGGCCUUUCUGCGGCGGCUGGAGGCGACCAGGAGAGACCUGGAGGGGUUCGGCACACGCAUCGAGAGGCUGCAGCAGACAGCAGCCCUCCUGGAGAGCAGGCAGAACCCAGAAAGCCCCAAGGUGCUCGCCCAGAUGUGCAGGGUGAGGGACGCCCACUCGGGGCUGCUGCAGAGAGCGGAGGGCAGGCGGCAAGGCCUGCGGGAGCAGCUGCAGCUCCACCAACUGGAGCGGGAGGCCCUGCUCCUGGACGCCUGGCUGGCCAGCAAGGUGGCCACUGCCGAGUCCCAGGACUACGGGCAGGACCUGGAGGCCGUCAAGGUGCUGGAAGAGAAGUUCGACACUUUCAGAAAGGAAGUCCAGAGCCUGGGGCAGGCCAAGGUGCAGGCCCUGCGGGAGCGGGCAGGCGCCCUGGAACGCGCAGCACCCAGGUGCUCUCCCCAGAUUCAAGCGCAGAGGAGCCGCGUCGAGGCCACUUGGGAGAGGCUGGACCGGGCAGUGAAAGCCCACACACAGAAUCUGGCCACAGCCCGUGAGGUCCGCUGCUUUGAGCAGGCGGCAGCCGAGCUCCGGGGCCGGAUGCAGGAGAAGGCCGCCCUGGUGGCAAGAGAUGCCUGUGGUCACAGCCUGGCAUCGGUGCAGACCCUGCAGCAACAGCACAGAGGCCUGGAGAGGGAACUGGCAGCAGUGGAGAAGGAGGUGGCCCAGGUGCAGAGGGAGACCUGCCGGCUGGGCCAGCUGCACCCUGUGGCUCAGGAGGGCCUGGCCAAGCAACUGGCUGAGGUGCAGGAGGCCUGGGCCACCCUGAACGCGAAGGUCCAGGAGCGAGGUCGGCAGCUGGAGGAGGCUGCCCGAGGCCACGCCUUCCUCGGAUGCUGUCGGGAACUGCUAGCGUGGGCUCAGGAAAAGCAGAGGCUGGUGUCCUCAGAGGAGCGGGCGGGGGAAGUGGCUGGGGCUGAGUGGCUCCUGGAGCUGCACGAGGAGCUGGGGCAGGAAAUCAAGGAGCACUGCCUUCAAGCCCAGGAUGUACAGCAGGAAGGGCAGCAGCUGGUGGACAGUGGCCACUUCAUGUCCCUGGAGGUGGCAGAGUGUCUGCAGGAGCUGGACGGGCGGCUGCGGGCCCUCAGGGAGGCCUGGGCCCGGUGCCGGGAACGCUGUGAGGAGAGCUGGCACCUGCAGAAGCUGCGGCAGGGGCUGGCCCAGGCCGAGGCCUGGCUGGUCUGCCAGGAGGGCCUCCUGCUGGACCCCGGCUGCGGGCACUCAGUGUCCGACGUGGAGCUGCUGCUCCGCAGACACCAGGACUUGGAAGAGCGGCUGGCCGCCCAGGAAGAGAAGCUUGCCCGACUGCAGAGGAAGGCGGGGGUGGAACAGAAGCAGCAGGUGAAGGGGCUGAGACCCAAGAGAGCGGGCAGCGGGCUGACCUCCCUCCAGCAGAGCCCCUUGGGAAGCUGGUGGCCCGGAGUACAGCUGACCGAGAGGAGGGACCUGCAGCCACGUGUCCCCAUCAGGCCACACAUACCCUUCACCACCACUGUCUCCCUAGAGCACGCAGCAGGGACUGUGGGGGACGCAAGGGGUGCCCCCACCACAGAGGGAUUUUUGGAGCUUAAGCAGCAGCUCCCGCCUGGGAAAAGGCAGAACGCGGCUUCCACAGCCACCCUUGACCUCGCAGGCGCCCAGCGUGACAGGCCAAGGGAGCACCGUGACGGAAAACACACUUUCUCCUUAAGGCUGUCUGCAGCAGAGACCCUGUCUGCAGCACCACCUGAAGGGCAGGCUGAGAGCAGGCGUGGAGCUCUGAGCAGCGUGGCAGCCCCCCGUCUGAGCCCAGAGCUCCAAGCCAGACCCUUGGGCUUCCCGGCUGAGCAUGCUGCUGAGAAGGUGCCCGGCACGGCUGCUCCACUUCGAUUCCCGGGCUGUCCCCCGCCCUCCUCGCUGGGGGAGAUGCGACUGUGCACCGAUGGCCACCCAGGGCCCGCGUGGCUCCCGCAGUUGGCCGGCCCUGCAGAGGAAACCGCAUGAGGCUCCCACCAGCGGUCCUGCUCAGGCCAGACCCACAGUCUGGGCCCUGAAGCGAACCUGGAGGUGGCACCAAACCUCAACACCCUUGAGGGGACCAGGAGACCCAGCUGUCAGGCUCCUCGGGACCAACUUCUGGAAUAGACGGUUCCUUGUUAGGAGACAUGCCCCACCAAGCUCACAGCUUGCUGAAGUCACGCCAGUAGCACUGGUCUGUCUUUGGCUCAUCGGAUCCCAGGUCUGGCCAUCCCGACCAUAGGACAGGAAGCAGCCUUUGGACUGAGUCCCUGGGUGAGGAGGACAGGGGUGCUGGCUGUCUUUGCCUGCAAGUCACCUGGGCAGGGCCAGGGCUACAGCAGCAAGAUCCACACCCCCCCCCCCCCCAACACCUGCCCCGCCAGGCCAAACUGGCCUCCCCUCUGCUUAAAGAGACUGGGCCUGAGUGGAGCAGACACGGCCGUGAGCUCACUGCCCGCUCUUCAGGGGAAGCUGGCUUGCUGGCUGUGUAAGGUGCCUGGGGAGACCUUUUGUUUUCUAAACCAGUCCU